ACCAUGGUUAAAUCAGCCUAUAUAUAGCAACCCGAAACGCUUCACACGUCCCGCCAAAUCAUUUUACCCCUUCUCAUUUCAAAUUCAUAACAAUCUCAUCUCCAAAUUAUUCGAUCACCUCUCUUCUCUUCAGAGUUUCAGUUCUCUCAAAUUCAAAAAGUUGAGCUGAGAAGAUUUGAAAAUCUCACGUUACCAUUUUCUCUCAGGUUUUAACGAUUUUUACUGAAGUUUUUGUCUAAUUCUUACAGAUGCUAGCACAAAAGGUAAAGGAAUCCGAGAUCACAGAGCAGGACUCGCUUCUACUGACGAGGAAUCUGCUACGCAUUGCUAUAUUUAACAUUAGUUACAUCAGAGGCUUAUUCCCUGAGAAGUAUUUCAAUGAUAAAUCUGUUCCAGCCUUGGAGAUGAAGAUUAAGAAGCUUAUGCCUAUGGAUGCUGAGUCACGCAGAUUAAUUGACUGGAUGGAGAAAGGCUUGCUAUCAAUUUAAUAAUAAGAUGAAAUUCUAAGUUAGAAUUUUCUUUCCUCUCCCUCUGACUUUUGCUUUUUUUCUUUAUUCUUAGGUGUACAUGAUGCUCUACAGAAGAAGUAUUUGAGAACACUCUUGUUCUGUAUCUGUGAAACAGUGGAUGGGCCAAUGAUAGAGGAGUAUGCAUUUUCCUUCAGUUACUCGAAUUCUGAUAGUCAAGAGGUAUCGAUGAACGUCAAUCGCAAGGGUACAAAGAACGGAGUGUCAUUCAACUGUAAUUCCAACACAGAAAUAACUCCCAGUCAAAUGAGGAGUUCUGCUUGUAAAAUGGUCCGCACAUUAAUUCAGCUCAUGAGAACUUUGGAUAAGAUGCCAGAGGAGCGUACUAUACUGAUGAAGCUACUAUACUACGAUGAUGUCACGCCCUUGGAUUAUGAGCCUCCCUUCUUCAGAGGCUGUAUAGAAGAGGAAGCUCAUAAUCCAUGGACUAGAAGUCCCUUGAAAAUGGAGGUUGGCAAUGUCAACAGCAAGCACUUCGUAUUGGCUCUUAAGGUUAAGAGUGUGCUCGAUCCCUGUCAGGAUGAGAAUGAUGACUAUAAAGAUGAUGUAAGCUUGGGUUCUGAUUCUCCCAAAAGAGAUGAAAAUAGUGAAUCUGAUAGCGAGACCGGCAAUUCAGAUGAUCAAUACAUGGUGGCUCAAGUUGGUAAUUCAAGCAAGAAACAGAUUCGUGAAGGUAACACCGCAGUUGAUGAAGAUGAUACUCAGGACCCUGAAGAAGAUGCACAACAGUUGGGGCGUGUAAAGGACUGGAUCAGAUCAUAUCACCUUGAUACUGUCGAGCUCACAGAUGUGAUCUCUAAUUUCCCUGACCUCUCAGUGAUUAUGAUUGAAGAAAUUAUGGACAAGCUGGUUAAAGAAGGUGUUAUUACUAAAGCUGGUGCAGAAAGUUAUAACAUUAACAAGCAAAAGAAAUUCGACUAUGAGUUUGAUGCUGUGAAAGAAGAAAUGGAAGGUCAAAUAAUGGCCAAUGAUGGCAAAACUGAGGUUAUGGGUGUCGAUCACAUGUACAUGAAGGCUUUAUAUCAUGCUCUUCCGAUGAAGUACAUAUCGGUGGCAAAACUUCAGAGCAAGCUUGAAGGUGAAGCAAACCUGACUAUUGUUCGUAAGCUUAUCGAUAAAAUGACCAGGGAUGGCUUUGUUGAGGCCAAGGGCAACCGCAGACUAGGCAAGCGUGUGAUCCACUCCGAUCUUACUAAGAAAAAACUGAUGGAAGUCAAGAAGGCCCUCAUGGGCACAGAAGACAUGGCUCUGGACGCAAACGAAUUAGUUAACAAGCUCUACAAUCCACCACUUAACACUACUGGGAACAAUCACAAGGACUUAUCCACCUGUGGUGUCCUUCACUCAAUUGGAUCAGAUCGCACCUGCACAAGAGGCAGAUCUGACGGACUCCAGAAUGAAUCUAUGAGAAGUGAGCAGACUGUCUCAAGGAAAAGAGAGCUCGGAAACACUCCUACAAGCAGAGCUGAGCCAGUAGCUUCGAGAGAAAGCUUUAUACCCGGAGUCGAAGAUGGCAGAGCUAACGGAAAAGCUAAUAUCUGUGAGGAGAUGGACACAGUUAUGUCCACUCAAGACAAACGUUCUAGAAAAGCAAGCUUGGUCAAAGAGCCCAUCCUCCAGUACGCAAAGCGCCAGAAAUCUCAAGCUGUCUGAAAAUUCACCAUUGCUUGGUUAUCAAUUUUCAAAAUUUUUUUGCAGUCUAUUGGCACCUUAACUAAUCUGUAGCCGUAAUGACAUUUCAUACUCGAACGAUUCCCCCUAACAGUACUUAAACUGAUAAUAUAGACGUUGGAUAGCCCUCGAAUGUACGUAGAUAGCCAUAUAAUUGAAUGAGAUAUGUAUACUUGACUGAUAUCUGGCCAAUUGUGAUAUUAUGAAACGAGAAUAUAUAUAUGCAGGAGUUUAUUGUGGCACUA